AUGAAUAUUAACGAUUAUGAAGAAAAAAAUAUGAACAGUUCAGGUGAAAAAAAAAUAAAUAUUAAAAUUGGUGAUUUGGCUAGCCAUAAUUCAGGUAAUUUUGAUGAAGAAAAAAAAAUGAGUGUACAUAAAAAUCUAAUUGUUAACAUGAAUAAUAUUUCUAAAGAGGUACAAGAAGACGAAUGUAAAAUAGAAGAAUUAGAUAGUGUUGUUAUAAACGAUAUAGAUAUGAUAAAUUCGUUACAAAAUGAAAACAUAAUAGGGAUGGAUAAAAAAUAUGAUAUGGGAAAAGAAAAAGAUAUGUGCUUGAUUAAUGAGAAAUAUAGUUAUUGUUUUGAUAAGGAUGAGAAAAAGAAUAAUAUUGAUAAUAUACAUAAUAUUAACAAUAUCAGUAAUAACAAUAAUAUAAUGACACCAAAUGUAUAUAAACAAAAUAUGAAAAAUAUGGUAAGCAAUUCGACACAUAUAGAUAGUACAGAAAUUUGUUCCUCUAAAAUUAUUAAAGAGGAAGAACAUCAUCAUGAUAAUAAUGAGUGUGAUAAAAAUGUUCAUAUAUUAAAAUAUCCUGAACAUAAUAAAACUAAAGAAGUGUAUAAUAAUUUGUCCAAUCAAUAUUUGAAUUCAUGUAAUAUAAGUAAUAAUAUUAAUAAUAGUGAGUUACAUUUAUCAAGCAUAUUUGAUAAAGAAAGGGAUGAAAUGAAUUAUAUCAAUGCAAACAGUCAGGAUAAAUCUGAUCAUAUGGUUGACAUAAAAUUGGAAAAGAGCAUAAUAAUUAAAGAUAAUUCAAAUCAUUCAAAUAAUUCACAUAAUUCAUAUGAUUCAUAUAAUAAUAAUAUUUUUUCUGAACAAAAUGGAAUAUUACAUAAUAAUGGUAAUGAUAUAGAAUAUCCCAAAAUUUUUGAUGAACAUAAUAAGAGGGAAAAUAUAAUAGAAAUCGAAAGAAAUGAAGAAAAGUCAAAUAAAUAUAAAGAUAACUUAAUUUUAUUUAAUGAGGUCUUAAAAUAUAAAGACGAAUUGAAUUAUUUGAAUGAACAAAAAGUAAAUGAAGAAAUAGAAAAAAUAAAUAAUUCUUUUUUAAAUGACAAAAUUGAAUAUAAUAUUGAAAAUAAAAAGGAACAUAAAAAUGAAUCAGAUAAAAAAAAUUAUAAAGAUCUCAAUUCAAAAAAUAUAAUGACUUAUGAUUUGUGGAAUAAUGAUAAGGAUAUAAAUACAUCUCAUUCUUCCUAUCAAAAAAGUAAUACUAAUAUAUUUUUUAGUGUUAUGAAUAAAAGUAAUAUACAAGAUGAUAUAUCAAAAAAAGAAAAAAAAGAAUAUUCUGAUGUCAAGAGUUUGAAAAAAGAUAAAUAUGAUGAUAAUAUAAUAUAUAAUGUAAAUACGGAUUAUUUAAAUAAAGAUACAUAUAUGGAUAAAAAAAAUAAAAGUGAAGAAGAAAAAAUAUUCCAUGUUCAAGAUAUGAAACAACAAAGUGAUUUAUAUAUUCCUAUAGAACAUAAUGAAACUAAAAAUAUAGAGAUGAAGAUACAAAUAGAUUUUAAAAAUAUAUAUUUUGUUAAGUAUAAAUAUAUAAAAUGUUUAGUGAUGAAUAAUUCUGGUACUAUUGUUUAUUCAUUUAUUUUUCAUAAAAAUCCAAUAGAUUUAGAUAAAGAAAAUAAUAUUUUAAAAAUAUUCAAUAAAGAAAGUACAAAGAGUAGGAAAUCAAAUAAUGAUAUUAACAGAUUGGUUGAAGAAUUGAAGAGUAUAAUUUUUACAGACGUAUCUUUUGAACUAUCCUUUGAAGCAAAAAUUGAUAAAGGAAGGGAAAUCAUCUGUCCGUCUAAGUUUUAUAGACUGAGUUUUUAUGGAAUGGAAGAGAAAAAUAAAAACGACGAACAACAGAACAAUGAUGUUUCAUCAAAAAAUGAGAAAAAUAUAAAGUAUGAAAAAGAUAAAAAAUUAAAUAAAAAUAUUUUUAAUAACGAGGAAAAUAGUAAGAUAAAUUAUAAAAAGAAAUAUAAUUAUAUGAAGAAAAACAACGUGUCUAAUAAUACUGAUAAUAGUAAGGAGAAAGAUAAAAUUGAGAAAAAGGGGAAAUCAUAUUAUAUAGGAUUUACUAUUCUUCAUUUAAAUUAUUUAUAUCAACUACAAAAAGAGGGAUAUGUACAUUUAAAUAUAUCUGAUAAGAAGAAUGAAGAUUUUAAUUUUAUAGAACAUUAUAAGAAAGAAGAUUAUGCAUAUUAUAUGGAUAAUAAAAUAGUUGCACAUACAAUUUGUAAUAAUAUAAGUUAUAUGGAAAAAAUUAAUAUGUUAUUUAAAAUAUUAUAUAAUCAUAGUUUGAAUAUAUCUACUUGUAAAAUAUUUUUGAAAUAUCGUUUUUCAAAAAUUGAAGAAAACAACUAUUUAUUUAAUAAUAUAGAUAAUAUAAAAAAAAAAAAUAAAAUAAUAAUAAGUAAUAAUAAAAAUAUAGAAUUACAAUAUAUUUUAGAUAUUCUUCAGAAAAAUAAUUAUUCAAAUGUAAAUCUUAAAAACUGUAUAGAACAAUGUUUAAAGAAUUAUUAUACCAGAUGUUCAAAAUCAAUAUAUGAUGAUAUUAGUUUUACAUUAUUUGACAAGGAAUAUUCAAAGGGAUAUAUAAACAACAAUACUAUUAGAAAGAAUAAUAAAGAAAAAAAUAAUGAAUGUUUCAAUUUACCUUUUUUCUUUUCUAAUAUAUCGAAUGAUAUAAAGGUCAAGAAUUCAUUUUUGAAAAAUAUAAAUUUUGUUAAUGUAUUUGAUAAUUUACAAAUAAAUGAACAAAUAAAUGAACAAAUAAAUGAACAAAUAAAUGAUCAACAUGAUGAACAAGAUAAUUUUUAUUAUAAAAAUAUGAAAAAUAUAGAUUAUCUGAAAAAAGUGAAACACAAUGAUGACACAAACAUGAUAUAUAAACUAAUCCAUGUUCAAAAGGAAGAGCAGGAAGACAUGAAUACGAAUAAAGAACAAUUAUCAUCUGAUCAUAAAUUUUGUGAUAAUAUGUUGAAUAAAUUACAAGAAAAUGAUCUAAUAAAAUUACCAAAGAAUGUACGAGAUUACAUUUUAAAAUUAUAUAAUAUAAAUAUGGAAAAAGAUAUAAAGAUUGAAAAACUAGAACACAUUGUGCUUAAAUACACAACCGGCAUUAAUAAUUAUUUUGACUAUAUAGAAUAUACAAAAAAUAAUAAAAUGUAUAAAAUAUAUGAAGAGAAUAAAAAAAUGAAGAAAUAUAUAAAGGAUUCAAAUAAUUUUUUUAUACAAGCUUUAAUAGAUAGUCAUUCUGAAAUUCAAAAGGUUAAGCAUAGUCUAAAAACCAUGAAUAUUUUAUAUAAUAAGGAAAAGAUGAAUAAUCAUCAAGAAAAUAAAAAAGAAGAUAAAGAUAAAAAAAUUAAUGUGAAACAACAUCUAUAUAACAAUCUAAAUAAUAAAAAUGAAUAUUUGUCUAAUAUAAAAAAAAAAGAAAGAAAAAGAAAGGAAGACACUUAUAAUUUUAAUGAUAAAAUAGGAUCGUCAUUAUACUUAUCUUCACGAUCAGUAUCUUUGUCAUCACCAGAAUGUUCUUUAUCAUCCUCAAUAUCAACACUUCAUAAUAAAAAGAAACUUUUUGAUCAUGAAUAUUUUAUACGUAACAAAAAUAUCAACAAGAAAAAAAAAAAAAAAAAAGGGGGGGACAGUUCAGACAAGUGUAAUAAUAUUAUAAAAAAUAUUGAUGGAUAUACAUCCGAGUAUAUUCCCAACUAUACAAAGAAAAGAAAUAUAAUAAUAAAGUAUAAGAAGAAUGAGGAGCUCAAAAAUAUCAAUGAUAAAAUAAAUGAUAAAAUAAAUGAUAAAAUAAAUGAUAAGAUAAAUAAAAAUAAAAAUAUAAAUGAUACAUUAAUGACAAGGGGUCAAAAUAAUAAAUCUAUAAAUGAAAAUAUAAUGCUAAAUAAAAGAAAUGAUACAAUUUUUGGAAAAUCUUUAUUAUCUCUAAAUAUAUACAAUCCAUAUAAUAACAAUAAUAAUAAUUAUUAUAAUAACCACAAUAGUGGUGAUUUUAAAGAAUAUCCUUCUUCUUCUUUUUUAUCAAACAUAAGUUAUUUAAGAAAAAGAAAAGAAAAAAAAAAAAAUUUUGAGGAAACCAACCAAAAGGCAGAAAAGGACAAAUGUGAACUUUAUACAAAAAAUAUGAACCAAAAAAAAAUAUUAAUAAAUAAUAAUUCUAAAAGUUAUAAAAAUGGUGUUGUCCAUAAAUAUUCUUUUAAUCAUAAUGGAAAUGAAAAAAAUGGUAAAAAAGACGAUUUAUAUUCAUUUUAUUCCAAUCCUAUAAUAGCUAGCCAAAAUACAUUAGAAAAAAAAAUUAGAAAAAAAAUUCUGAACACUAGCCAAAAAAAUGAAAAAAAACAUGACCAUACAUGUGAUAUUGAAAAAAAUAAUUCUGAUAUGAUUCAUGCUGAUAAGAGUGAUACUACUACUGGAUUGAAUAUUGCAUCCAAUCAAUUAAAGAAUAUGUUUAAUAUUAAAAAGAAAGAUAUGGAUGAGAAGGAGAAAAGAAGAAGAGAACAAAAUUUUAAAUUAUUCUGUUCAACGAUUAGAGGAGAGCCGAAUAAAAUAGAGGAAGAGAAAAAAAAUAAAGUAGACGAUAAAAAAAAUAAAGUGGACGAUAAAAAAAACAAAAUGGACGAGAAAAAAAAUAAAGUGGACUAUAAAUUAAAUGAUGAAGAAAUUGUAAAGAAAAGAUUGAAUAGAAAAGGAGAGGAUAAAAAAUUGACAAGUAGUUGUAUAAAAGAGAAUGUAAAUCAAUUUGAAUAUUUUAAUAAUGGUGACAGUAACAUGAAUAAAAGUAAGAAUCAUUAUAAUAUAUUAAAAAAAAAUCCAAAUGUUGACAAGAAUAUAUAUACAUUGGAUGAAGGCUAUAAUCCUUUUAAUAAUAUUAAUAGAAUAAUAUUGCCUAAUAAAACAACAGAAGAUAAAAAGAAUGGAAGAGAUUCACAGAAAGAUAUUAAUAAAUAUGAUCGUAGAUUAUCAAAUGGAAGUAUUAUAAGUGUGACUAAAAAGAAAGAAAAAGACAAAAAUAAUUAUGAUACAAGUGAAGUGUUAAAAAAAGAAUAUGUUGAAAGUUUUAAGAAUAUAUGUGUAAUAAAUAAAGAUAAAAAAGAUAAGGGAAUAGAUUCCAAUAAUUUAUUGUGUAAUAGAAAAAAUCAAAUAGGUGAGUAUGUUACGUCAUUUAAUAAUUUAAAUCUUAAUAAGAAACAAACAACAUUGUCAUCAUGUCAAGAAAAAAGAAAGACAUCAAAUGUAUUAUGUAAUAGUCGUAAUAAUAUAACUCGUGAUAAUAAGAUAUGUACUAUAAAUUUGAAUAGUAAUAUAAAUAAAAAGAACAAUAAUGAUGAUACAGAUAAUAUUCAUAAUAAUAAUAUGAACGGUAAGAUAAAUAAUAGUACUAGUGAACACAUGAAAGAUAUUAACUAUAAGAAGAAAUUUAUAGAGGAUGCUAUAUCUUCUUAUGAUGAUAAUAUGAUAGAUGACAGAAAAAUAAAAAAUAAAAUAAAUGAUCAUAUUCUAAUAUCACCAACAAAUAAUAAUAGUACAAAUGAAUUAUCUUCAAGUAAUAAAAUAAUAAAUAAAAAAUAUAUACAACAACAACAACAACAACAACAAUUUGACAAAUUCAAUUGUAAAAAAGGUUGGAAUGUAAUAAAGGAAAAUAUAGAUAGUAAUGAUCAAAAAAUAAAUAAAUUAAAACAUGAAAUAAAUAUUACAGAUAAUAAAAAAAAUGCCCUUCUUAAAAAAAUCAAAAGAAGAAAUAAUAUUAAUUCAAAUAUGUGUGGAAAAAAUAAAGAUGAUAAUAACAAUAAAAAUUAUGAUAUUCAUAAAGGUAAUAAUUAUAAAGGUAUUAUCAAAGAAACUGAACAUAUAUCAACAAAUCAAAAUUCAAAAGAUUCAUAUAUAUUAAAUAUUAUAAAUAAAAAUUUAAAUAGGUCUUUUAGUCAACUCGAUAAAAUAAAAAAAAAAAUGGAUGAGCACUUACUCAUGUAG